GAAAGAAAAAGAAAACAAGAAACAUGGAGCAUUUCUACCUCUCCCUCCUCCUCCUCUUCGUCUCCUUCGUCUCCCUCUCUCUCUUCACCCUCUUCUACAAGCACAGGGCACACUUCACCAGCCCGAACCUUCCGCCGGGGAAAACCGGGUACCCCAUGAUCGGCGAGAGCCUCGAGUUCUUGUCCACCGGCUGGAAAGGCCAUCCGGAAAAGUUUAUCUUCGACCGCAUGUCAAAGUUUUCGUCGGAAAUCUUCAAAACCUCUCUUCUUGGGCAGCCGGCCGCCGUCUUCUGCGGCGCUGCCUGUAACAAGUUCUUGUUUUCCAACGAGAACAAGCUUGUAGUUGCAUGGUGGCCUGAAUCUGUUAACAAAAUAUUCCCUUCUUCCAAUCAAACCAGCUCCAAUGAAGAGGCCAGGAAGAUGAGAAAGUUGCUUCCCCAGUUCCUUAAGCCCGAAGCUUUGCAUAGAUACAUCAGCAUCAUGGACACCAUUGCACAGAGACACUUUUCUUCCGGUUGGGAAAACCAAAAGGAAGUUACUGUAUUUCCACUUGCAAAAAGGUAUACUUUUUGGUUGGCUUGCCGGUUGUUUCUUAGCCUUGAAGAUCCGAACCAUAUAGCAAGAUUUGCCGACCCAUUUAAUGCUUUGGCCUCCGGAAUCAUAUCGGUCCCAAUUGACCUGCCGGGGACGCCGUUCAACCGUGGGAUCAAGGCUUCAAAUUUCAUCAGGAAAGAGCUGUUGAAGAUCAUCAAGCAGAGAAGGGCUGAUUUGGGGGAGGGCAAAGCAAGCCCAACACAAGAUAUACUCUCUCACAUGCUCUUGGCCUCCGACGAGAAUGGCCAGCACAUGACGGAAUUAGAUAUCGCCGACAAAAUCCUUGGCUUGCUCAUCGGCGGCCACGACACCGCCAGCGCUGCUUGCACUUUCAUUGUCAAGUACCUUGCCGAGCUUCCUCAUAUUUACGACGGAGUCUACAACGAGCAAAUGGAGAUAGCCAAGUCCAAAGAACCUGGGGAGUUGUUGACCUGGGAUGAUAUUCAAAAGAUGAGAUAUUCAUGGAACGUAGCAUGUGAAGUCAUGAGGCUUGCUCCGCCGCUCCAAGGAGCUUUCCGGGAAGCCAUUAAUGAUUUCAUCUUCAAUGGUUUCUCCAUCCCCAAGGGCUGGAAGUUGUACUGGAGUGCAAACUCGACCCACAAGAAUCCAGCUUACUUCCCUGAACCAGAGAAAUUUGAUCCGAGCAGAUUUGAAGGAAGUGGACCUGCUCCGUACACAUAUGUUCCGUUUGGUGGAGGGCCGAGGAUGUGCCCAGGAAAAGAAUACGCCCGUUUGGAAAUACUUGUUUUCAUGCACAACUUAGUGAAAAGGUUCAAGUGGGAGAAGAUGAUUCCUGAUGAGAAAAUCGUGGUUGAUCCCAUGCCCAUUCCUGCAAAAGGCCUCCCUGUUCGCCUUUACCCUCACAAACCUUGAGUGUUUCAGCUUGGAGUCAACGCCUCUCAAAAGUCAAAAAUCUUUAGGUUUAAUUAUGUUCUAUUGUUCUUUAUCAUUCGCCAUACAAUUAAAAGCAGACAACCCAACCUUUGUCUUUUGUUUUUUUUAAUAUUCUUACUUUUGUCCUUUGUUUUUGUUUUUGUCUUGUAUUGAAGGCUUCUACAUCAGCCACCUGUACGUGUGACUUAUAUAUUCCCCUAUAUAUAUAUUUUAAAGACCCAAAAAAAAGGAAAAGUAAAAUGGUUAUAGAAUAAUU